GGCGCCCAUAAGACGCGUUUAUCUCACGCGCCAUUCGCGAACCAGUCUUCACCCGACCGCUCCGAGCCGUCCUCCUCGUCGUCCACCUCACUCUCGACGUCGCUGCCCUCCGCCCCGCCGACGUCGCUCGCGAUGGGCAUCCACAUCUGCCGCUCUAGCGGCGGCCUGCUCGACCUCGGGAGCCCGUGCAUCCGCGAGUUCUGGAGCGCCAUCCUCCCGCUCGCCUUCGUCGCCGUCUUCCUCGCCAGCGCACUCCCCAUGCCUCAGACCGUCCGCAACGCCGUCGCCGUCGUCCAGCGGCCCUUCCGCAACUUUCUCACCCUCCCAGAGGCAGAGGCCCUCACCGCGGACGAAAAAACGGAGCGCGCAGCCCGCGCGGACGCGCCGCAUGUCCCGCUCUGGCGCGGUCUCGUCCUUGCGCUCGUCGCGCUCACGGAGUCCCUCGUCUGGCUCGGCCUCGCGUGCUAUAGCCUCGCCAUCAGCCCGGUCGGCGUUCACCAUGCUCUCGUCGGCCUCGCACUCGCGUUCGCAUGGCUCUAUGCGGCCGUCCGCCCGAUCACCGCGCCCUCCGCGACCCCGCCCGUCGACCUCCUAGUGUUUUUCACGCUCCAGCUCGUGAUGAGCGUUCUCGUGUUCGGCGGCGUGCUCUUCGAUUCGAGCGUGCGCGGCUGGCCGUACCCUGCGCCGUGGGUGCUUGCGGGACAUAUCGCGAACCUGGCGGCGAUUAUGCUCCUGCUUUUGGUCGUCUUCAACAUGCCGCUGGGCGUGCCGAGCGACAAGGUGGAGAAGGAUAAGAUCGGCCAAUCAAUAUCACCGGAGGACUACACGACGCUAUGGGGCUGGAUGUCAUUCAUGUGGAUCCUUCCUCUCGUUGAGCGUGGGACAAGCACAACUCUCAGCGAGUCAGAUGUUUGGUCGCUCAGCCCGACGAUGCAGGCGCGGCCGCUCUACAUCAAGUUCAGCCGCACGCUGCGGAGCUCGCUCCUGCGCCGCCUCUGGGCGACGAACUCGCUAGAUCUCAUGCUCGACUUUAUUCUAACAUAUGUCAGCGUAGUCUUCAAUUAUGCCAGCCCGUUCUUCCUGAAGCGCAUCCUCGACUCGCUCGACCCGCACGAGAACCCCACCCCCGAAAAGCGCGCGCUCGCGUACAUCUACGCAGUGCUCGCGUUCCUGUCUACGCUGUGCAAGGCGCAGGCGGAUGUGCAACACCUGUGGUACGGCCGGCGCGCGGCGACGCGCAUCCGCUCCGAGCUCAUGGCCGCGAUCUACGACAAGGCGCUCAAGCGAAAGGACUUCUCCGGGCUCGUCGACAAGGACGCCGGCAAGAGCGCGAAGGGCCCCGAGGUGAAGGCGAGCUCCAAGGGCGACGACCCCAAGGCGGGUGCAGACAUCGGCAAGAUCGUCAACCUGAUGGCGGGCGACGCGAACAGGAUUUCGCAGGUUGUGUCUGGCUCGUACUUCAUCUACGGCGCGCCGUUCGAGAUCGUCAUCGCCGCGACGUUCCUGUACCAGCUGCUCGGCCUGUCCGCGUUCGCGGGCUUCGUCGUGCUCAUCGUCGGCUGGCCGCUGAACAGCUUGGUGAGCAAGCGCGCGGUGCGCAUCCACAAGGGCGUGUCGAGCGCGCGCGACAAGCGGAUGGGCGUGCUGAACGAGCUUAUUGGCGCGAUGAAGUUUAUCAAGUUCUUCGCGUGGGAGGAGCAGUGGAUCAACCGCACGAUGGGCGCGCGUGAGGUCGAGAUGAAGUGGAUGGUCAAGGCACGCCUCAACUCGGUCAUGUUCUCACUCAUUUGGAUUUGCGCGCCGAUCCUUGUGUCGGUCACUUCCUUCUUCGUGUAUGUGAUCCGGGGGAAUGAGCUGACUGUUGGCACCGCAUUCACGGCCAUUGCUCUGUUCAACAUGGUUCGCGCUCCGCUGAACGUUAUUCCAGCAUGGAUCGUCCAGAUCCUCCAAGCAGGCGUGGCGAUGGACCGCAUCGCGACCUACCUCGAUGAAGAGGAAGUCGACGAGCAAGUCUCCAGCCUCAAAAAGGGCCGCCAGCCGCCCUCUGCCGAGGACGACGACGGCCUCGGCAUCCUCCACGGCUCGUUCAAGUGGAACGAGAUCGAGGAGAAGAAAGAUGACAAGGGCAAGGACAAGGCAAAGGACGCGAAUGGCCGGAAGUUCUUCUCGUGGCCCCGCAGGUCGCGGUCGCAAUCGCAGACACCGUCGAGCCCGUCGGACGAUGCGGACACGGCGGUGGAUAGCCAGUCGACGACGGGGAGCACCACCAAUGGGAGUGGGGAUCAUCGCUUCGAGCUGCGCGAUAUUACGGUUAUGUUCCCGGAGGGCCAGUUGACGGUCGUCACUGGCCCGACUGCAAGCGGGAAGACUGCCCUACUGAUGGCGCUCCUCGGCGAGAUGACCCGCCUCGAGGGCCGCAUCGUGUUGUCCAAGAACCCGUCAAGGGUUGACGAGCACGGCCUGAUGCACGCGCUCUCGUACGCUGCCCAGUCGCCCUGGCUCAGGCACCAGUCGAUCAAGGACAACAUCCUCUUCGGCUACCCGUAUGAUGAGGAGAGGUACAACGAGGUCGUGGACUGCUGUGCAUUGAGACCGGAUCUGGAGAUCCUCGAGGAUGGCGAUGCUACUGAGAUCGGUGCUCGUGGCGUGAGUCUGUCGGGUGGCCAAAAGGCAAGAGUUGCGCUGGCUCGCGCGGUAUAUGCGCCUACAAAAUACGUGCUCCUCGAUGACCCACUCAGCGCUGUGGAUAGCCACACAGCACGCCAGCUUUUCGACAAGCUGUUCCGUGGCCCUCUCCUCGCCAACCGUACUGUGAUUCUGGUGACUCACCAUGUCGAACUCGUGCUCCCUGGUGCCCAUUACUUGGUUCGUAUGCUCGACGGUCGGGUCGACACCCAAGGAACCCUGAAGGAUCUUCGUGCACGCGGCCUACUUGAUGAGAUUACCCACGAUGAAUCCGUGGAGGCCCACAAGGAAGAAGAGAAGGUAGAAGCCGCAGAGAAGGCGAAGGAGCCCAACGCGGAGAUUGAUGCCGAGGCCCCGGAGGAAGAGGAAGAGGAUGCGAAGCCCGACAAGAAGGGCAAGAAGCCGCGGAAGCUGAUUGAGGAUGAGAAGAGGGAGACUGGAAGCGUGAAGUGGUCGAUCUACAACACUUACCUGAAAGCCUCGUCCUACUGGACGUGGGUCAUCCUCUUCACACUGAUCAUCCUGACCCAGGUCCUUGGUGUCUCCGAGAAAGUCUGGAUCAAAAUCUGGGGAGAGGCAUACAAUCCGAAGAACGACAUCAUUCCGACCUACAUCUUUAACUCGUUCGCGACGCCCGAGCACGAGGCCGUACUGGAUGAGACACUCUUCAACAUCCGCUUUGCUCACAAGAGCCACCACCCUGUGCCGUACCUUUCGACCAUGCAAAAGAAGUGGCCGCCAGCGCAAGAGCAUCCCUUCUUCUAUAUCGGCAUCUAUGCGGUCAUCUCACUCUCUGCCGGCCUGGUCAACAUUGCUGGUGUUAUCACUCAGUACACUGGAGCUCUCAGGGCGUCUCGUAGUCUGUUCCGUAAACUACUGGUCAGAGUCGUGCGAGCAUCGAUGCGCUGGCAUGAUGUUACUCCGCAAGGUCGUAUGCUGAACCGCUUCAGCAAGGAUAUCGAGACCGUCGAUGGCUCUUUGGCAAGCUCACUGCAGGCUGUCAACACGGCGCUCGCCAACUUUGCAGCAUCUGUCAUCACUGUCGUAGUGGUGUUCCCCUUCUUCAUUGUUCCCGCCUCCAUUCUAGGCUUCUUCUACCGUCGCGCCGCCAUCGGGUAUCUGAACACUGGCCGUGACAUCCGUCGCAUGGAGUCGAAUUCGAGGAGUCCGAUCUUUGCGAACUUCAACGAGCUGCUUGAGGGUAUCGUCACUGUCCGCGCGUUCUCCGCGGAGCAGAAAUUCCUCGACGACCUGUACAAGAAGGUCGAUCUGACCACGCAGAUGUGGUACACCUUCUGGAUGACCAACCGGUGGCUGUUGCUGUACUUUGACACGCUCGGCGCGACUGGCGUUUUGGUCACCACGCUCUUUGCGCUCGCUGGCUAUGUUGAGGCAGGAACUGCUGGUGUUUGUAUCACAUCGGCUAUGGCCUUCACCACAAGUGUCUACUGGGCCUGCCGGUUCUGGACCGCACUUGAGCUUGAUCUUAACUCCGUUGAGCGUGUCGUGGAAUACCUGGAUCUUCCUCAAGAGCCAGCAGCCAUCGUGGAGUCCAACCGUCCACCGGCUUACUGGCCGUCGUCUACGGGUCCGAACAAGGACUCGAUGAUCGUUGUCGAGGACCUCGUCAUCAAGUACGCACCUGAGCUUCCAGCUGUCCUCAAGAACGUCUCCUUCAACCUUAAGGCGGGAGAGCGAGUCGGCCUGCUGGGUCGGACUGGCAGUGGAAAGUCGACCUUGGCCAUGAGUAUUCUUCGCUUCGUUGACCCGACGAGUGGUCGCAUCAUGAUCGAUGGGGUCGACAUCUCCACCAUUGGCCUGUAUGACUUGCGUUCGAGGAUUACGUUCAUCCCCCAGGACGCCACGCUGUUCUCUGGCACUCUGCGUGACAACCUCGAUCCAUUCCAUGAUCAUGAAGACAGCGAAUGUCUUGAUGUCCUCCACCGCGUGCAGAUGAUCACGGACAGCCAAUUAGCAUCGCAACGGACGUCGCGAGCGACUUCUCGGGCUGCCUCUAUUCACGAGGGCCAUGAGGGUCGGGAGGGGACCAUCGCUUCGGUCUCGACGACGCCGACCGAGACCGACGCCAGAACGACGGUGUCGCUCGAGACGCAGGUGUCUCCUGGAGGGUCGAACUUUUCGCAGGGUCAGAGGCAACUGAUUGCUAUGGCUCGGGCGUUGCUCCGUCGGAGCUCCAUCAUUGUGCUCGAUGAGGCGACGAGCAGCAUUGACUUUGCGACCGACGCGAAGAUCCAGGCGACGAUCCGAGAGGAGUUCAACGACUCGAUGCUUCUGACCGUCGCGCAUCGUCUGCGCACGGUCAUCGACUACGAUCGCCUGAUCGUGCUCGACAAGGGCGAGCUGGCGGAGUUCGACACGCCGCUCAACCUCAUCGAAAAGGACGGCGGGAUCUUCCGCCAGAUGUGCCUCAAGAGCGGCACGUUCGCCGAACUGGAGGCGGUUGCGAAGGCGAAGGCGGAUCGCGACGCAGCGAGGGCUUCGAGGUAGAGGGUGUAUGAGGGGGCUCGGUUGGCCCCAGUAGAUGUGUAGCUUAGGGUUUGAAUUAAUAUGGGACAUUGCGCAUCGCUCUUCGUGACGGAAGAUGUAUUGAGUGAUUGUCUUGGAAGUGCGA